AUGGAAGAGAGUCUGAAGUUGGUAGUGGACCAGGAAGUGGUUAAUAGUCAGGAGAUGGGUGGAAAAUCUGCCAACAUGCAGGGUGCAAAGAAAGUCAGUUUUACAGCCUGCCAUUCGGGCAAGCUGUAGCUAGCAUGUACUAGCCCACAAGUCAUUUCAACUAGCGCCAAAACCCUUUUUGAUUAGCAGGACUGAUUACAAUCCUUCUGUGAUUUGAAUUUCCCCAAAAAACAGCACUUGCCCGCUGGGCAAGUUAAGAACAAAAAUCACUAGCCCGAUAGGAAAAUUCACCAGCCCCAGGCUAUCAGACACAACUUUCUUUGCACGCUGACAUGGAAAAACUGGCCCUUACUUAAGAUUACUACGAAGGCUGAAGGAUGUACUGAAAGUAGAUCAUCUUGUCACAGAUGCAUCACCAUCUACUGUAUCAAGGCACUGGUGCGGGGUCUAAAAGGUAUAGCAUUUCAUUCCAAUAAUGAAAUUAUCUACAUGUACCGUAAAUCAUCUAUUAACCCCCCCCCUCUCAAAUAAGCCCCCCCUCUAAUAAGCUCCCCCCCCCUUUUUCAGGGAAAGAAAAGGUUAGUUAUAAGCCCCCACCCCCUUUCCCCCUCUAUUAAGAAGGUGCAAAUGGGGCAGAUGGCCUGUCUUUAUCACCAUGAUAAAGGACCAGGGAUAUUGCUGUGCUGCUUCCAUUUUGAUGGGGUGCAAGUUCAAUUGCUCAUUUCCCUACCCAUAUGCCAUUCCUUAUUUAUUUUCUGGGUGGAGUGUAGAAGCGAAGGACUUUCAGUAAAUUUACUGAUAUCUUCCUUUUGCUAAAAUAAAGUUGUUGCACCUAAAUUGUAAGGGGUUAUAGAAAUUUAGUAUAUACACAAUCAGUGAUCUUGGUAAUUCAAGCAAUCUGAUUGGUUAGCUAUCUCGGACUAUGACGUUAUAUUCACCACGCUAGGCGGUGAAUAUAAAGCAGAACAAAAUCGCUGUCAUAAACUGGGUGUUUUGCCAAAGUUUCAUGGUAAAGCCUUUUUGAAAGUACACGAAUAUCCAAAUGCUGAUGACUUUGAUGGCAAGAAAAGACUUCAUGGUGUUUAAACAGGGUGAUUUAUUGUUAAGUGGUUAACUUCGCCUUUGGCAAAUAAUUAUUAUUUGCGGAAGGCGAAGUUAAUGUUGAAUAAUCGUCUUGGGGAUUAUUCAACAAUAUUGUUGAACAAUUAUUGUUAAAUAUGUAUAGAAAGUGGAUAACUGGCUCUUUUCAAAACUUAUGUCUUAGGCCUUAAAAUUAUUGUUGCAUAUAAUUAUUUGCUUUGUUUUCCAUUGUUUUCACAGAAGUACCAGAUUUAAGGAGUUCAGUAAUAACUUUAAAAGUGUUGUGGUUCGAUCAAUUUAAUCCUGAUACAGUUGUGUUGGUAAAGUCCAUUCUCAGGUUGCAUUAAUUUUUUUUCUCCUCAACCAAGAGAGGAUACAAGUGCACUUUGGUUCAGUCUGAGAAUUGUUUUAACCUUCAAUAUAGACAAUCUUUUUUUUUUUUACUGCAGAACAACAUAGAGAACUCCAGGAAGUCAUCCAUGACCUGGACAUUUGGCACAAGUCCGCAAAACUUGUCAAGGCUUUGACUGAUGUAAUUAUAAGGUAGAUCCCAGAUCUAUAGUUUGUCUGAUCAAUAUUAACCUUAAAAUGCAGUGAGCAUGUCUUUAAAAUAAGCUACUGCUGUUUUCAUAAAAAUAAAUAUCUCAACAGGCUCCUAACUUGAAAGACUGUGGUGCUAUAUGUGACUGGAUUGAGCCAAUUAUACCAAACCACUUCUGGUUCUGUUGCCAACAAGCCAAUGAUGAUGUGCUUGCACGAAAGGUAUUGAUUGUUACUUACUCUCAACCUUGUCUAUUGUUACAGUGGUGGAUCCAGGGGAGGGGCCCAGAUGACCCCCCCCCCUCCUUAUCUGAAGGGCUGGAUCUGCCAAUGUGUUAUAUGCUUAGAAAAAAACUCACAGACUAUGAAUACACUGUCAAUUUAUCCUAAUGGCAAUUUCAUACAACUUAAUUAACGUAGCUUACCUUUAUUUUUACUGCUACGAAAUCUUUGCCAUCAAACCUUUCGUGGAAUUGGAUUUCCAUGCAUCCAUCAGAAGAUAUAAGUAGUUCUAGUUUAUUCAAACUGUUUUGAUUUGUAUGCAAACCCACAACUGGCUUUGCCCCAAAUUGAUCAGGGAAAAUUCAAUACUGAUUACAUAAAAUCUGGGCAGGGCUUCCGAUUGAUGGUGGAAGCAAAUUUCCCUGGCACAGGUGUAAUAAACAAACCUUGAACACUUCUUGAAAGCUGUAUUGUUGUUUUUCCAGGGAUAAACAGCAUUUUGUUUCUUUUAUUACUGAACAAAGCUUUUUAUUGACCUUUGAAAGUACCAUAGAUUGUUCAGCAUUUACAAUGAACUCUUGCUUAUUCUUCCUCCUCUCGUUUUCUUUUGAAAACAGCUGUUGGGAAGCUUUUUAGUGUUACACUUGCUUUACAACCAAUCAGAAGUUUUGGCCAGUCAUCUGGGCAGAUUUUAUGUCAUCGAUAUGAUAUUUUUGUUGUUGUUCCUCAGACGCCAAUUCUCACGCAAAACUACUGUAGUAGUGGUGCUGCGAAUUCUCGACUGUUUCUUAAGCUAUAAAAAGAAUGAAAAUUGUAACUUGCUUUUCUGCCCGGCGUGCUAUUCUUUCUAGGACAAUAAUUGUGGCAGGAUGUUCUUCAUCAUGUGGUAGGAGAACAUGAAUGGAGUGAUGGCCAGUACUCUAACAGUCCACUCGUAUCAUCAGAUACUGACAAACCACUCCUUGGAAAAGGGUCCAAGGCAUUAGAAGCCCUAACAAAGGUCAUAUUGGACAAGAGAUGGCUAGAAAGUUUGGUCUUUUAUAUUUGGUUCAAGUAAGCAAUUUUGUUCUACUAGUGGCAAAAAUUUAUGAAUUAAGUAUUCCUUUGCUAGAUCCAUAAAAUCUCAGAAACAGGGGAGCAGCUUUUAGAUUUACAUAUAAAAUAAUAUUGUCCUUUUGUAGCCUAAAAAAAAAAUUUCCAGACCUGUAUGCGGGCAUGUAUACCAACACUUAACAUGCUAAUACUAAUACAGUUUUUAAACAUUUUUCACACAGAUAUUUACACAGAAUUUUUUAAACAUUAAUUGGAACUAAAUUGUGUGAUUUUUUAUUGUAGGCAUAUACCAGUUUGCUUGAAAACUUCAACAGCAAGAUGCUUAAGUAUUUCCGUAAAAGAAAUGCCUUUGAGUAAGUAUCUAUUUUUUUUACCAAUUAGGAUCUUGCAGUCAUUGUAUUGCAAGGUAUUUCAUCCUAGUUACAGUUGUGCUUUUACCUGGUUUUGCUUGCUUAGAUAUAUACAGAAGAGAGAGUUUUAUUUUUAUUUCAUAGCUUUUUGUGCCCGGGUGCUCCUUGCUGCUCUUGACCAUAACAUGCACAGCUUUAGACCACAAGCCACCACCAAAAAUGGUCACCUAAUCUUCAAGAAGCAGUAUUCAAAGAGAACUAAGCAUGGGCACCCUGAACCCGUUAGGGCUGAAAAAACCUAUGACUACAUCCAGUUCCUGAUGGCCAGCAUCCUAAAGGCAAGAGUGGAUGACAAGGAUUGCUGCAAGGGUUAUUUCUCUUCCAUCAGAUCACCCAAGGAAUCUGGCCCCAACCAUUGGUUU